GACCUGCUGAAGUGGAGUAGAUGUGGGUGUCUCUUUUUGUGGUUUGUGUGUGUGUUGAGUUUCUCAGGCGGUCCCCUCACCACUGCAGCUUCUUCCUGGAUUGGAGAGCGGAGCCAGAAGGGGGAGGAAAUCCGAGCUGUGUGUGAAGGGAGACCUGCAAAGACUGCAUUUUUCUCUAGCGGUCAGCCAGAAGCUCGGGGUUGCCUGGUGUAGCCGGGAUAGCUCCGGAGGGGCUGAUUUCUCUCCCCGUUCUUCUCUCCUCUCCCUGUGCGUUUCCAUGCUCCCAACAGCUCCCCGAGGAGGUGAAGCAAGCCGGUCUCUGCUCCACUGUGAAGUGAUUCAGCAGCUCGGCUCCUUUCCUCGGCUGCUGAGAGGAGAAGACGGCAGUCGGACUGAAUUUGGGUCGGUGUGCUAGAGAAUGGCCCAGAGAGGGGGGCCCACAGACUGUCCGGUUCCCUGACGACUGUUUUUGGCUGGGCCGCUGUGGAGAGUGAUAAGUUUUCUCUUUUUCCCCCAAACAAGAAUCCCUCUCUGUGUGGACUGUGGCAUUGCUAUGUCUGGGGGCAUGAAGUUCAACGGGUACAUGAAGGUGCGGAUUGGGGAAGCUGUGGGGCUGCAGCCCACUCGCUGGUCUAUCCGGCACUCACUCUUCAAGAAGGGACACCAGCUGCUGGACCCCUACAUUACAGUGAGUGUGGACCAGGUGCGCGUGGGGCAGACCAGCACCAAGCAGAAAACCAACAAGCCCACGUACAAUGAGGAGUUCUGUACCACAGUCAGCGAUGCGUCCAAGCUGGAAUUGGCCGUCUUUCACGGCACCCCCAUUGGGUACGACGACUUUGUGGCCAACUGCACCGUGCAUUUCCAUGAGCUGCUGCACAGCACGGGGUCCGCCGACAGCUUUGAAGGCUGGGUCGACCUGGAGCCAGAAGGAAAAGUGUUUGUAGCAAUAACUCUCUCGGGCAGCUUCACUGAAGGAACUCUUCAGAGGGACAGGCUUUUUAAAAACUUUACCCGGAAACGGCAACGAGCCAUGCGCAGGCGAGUCCACCAAGUCAACGGACACAAGUUUAUGGCCACAUACUUACGACAACCCACAUACUGUUCACACUGUCGGGAAUUCAUCUGGGGUGUAUUUGGGAAGCAAGGAUACCAGUGCCAAGUUUGCACAUGUGUUGUACACAAGCGUUGCCACCAUCUCAUUGUUACAGCUUGCACAUGCCAGAAAAAUAACAAGCAUGUGGACAUGAAGAUUUCCGAGCAGAGAUUUGGAAUCAACAUCCCACACAAGUUCCGAAUCCACAAUUACAAAGUGCCGACUUUCUGUGAUCACUGCGGUUCCUUGCUUUGGGGCAUAAUGCGGCAGGGUCUACAGUGCAAAAUUUGUAAAAUAAAUGUACAUAUCCGAUGCGAGGCCAACGUAGCACCCAACUGCGGGGUGAACGCAGCAGAACUUGCUAAGACGCUGGCAUGUAUGGGUCUGCAACCAGGAAAUAUUUCUCCCAAUGGGAAACUGGUCUCCCGGUCGACGCUGAGACGCCAGAAGAAAGAGACCAUGAAGGAGGGGAAUGGCGUGGCCCAAAUUUCGGCCAGCAGGCUCAAGAUUGAGGACUUGCUUUUCAUCAGAGUGCUGGGGAAGGGCAGUUUUGGAAAGGUGAUGCUGGCUAAAACCAAAGACACCGGCUAUCUCUAUGCCAUCAAAGUGCUGAAGAAAGACGUCAUUCUCCAAGACGACGAUGUGGAAUGCACCAUGACCGAGAAACGGAUUCUGACCUUGGCCAGGAACCAUCCCUUCCUCACCCAGCUCUUUUGCUGCUUUCAGACCCCUGACCGCCUAUUCUUUGUUAUGGAGUUUGUCAAUGGAGGGGACCUGAUGUUCCACAUUCAGAAAUCCCGUCGCUUCGAUGAAGCCAGAGCCCGGUUCUACGCUGCAGAAAUCAUUUCGGCUCUCAUGUUUCUCCAUGAGAAAGGCAUCAUUUACAGGGACUUGAAACUGGAUAAUGUGUUACUGGAUCACGAAGGCCAUUGCAAGCUUGCCGACUUCGGAAUGUGCAAAGAAGGUAUCCGGGAUGGAGUCACUACGGCGACGUUCUGUGGAACGCCAGACUAUAUCGCCCCAGAGAUUUUGCAGGAGAUGCUUUACGGCCCCGACGUUGACUGGUGGGCCAUGGGAGUGCUGCUCUACGAGAUGCUCUGUGGCCACGCCCCCUUUGAAGCCGAAAACGAAGACGACCUCUUUGAAGCUAUCCUCAACGACGAGAUCGUUUACCCAACGUGGCUCCAGGAAGAUGCUGUGGCGAUCCUGAAAGCCUUCAUGACAAAGAACCCCAAAGUGCGCUUGGGCAGUAGUGCGUUGGGUGGGGAGAGAGCCAUCCUUCUGCACCCGUACUUUAAGGAGCUGGAUUGGGACCUUCUGAACCUGCGCCAGAUUGAGCCACCUUUUCGGCCUCGCAUUAAAUCAAAAGAAGACGUGAGCAAUUUUGACCCUGAAUUUUUAAAGGAAGAGCCUCUCUUAACCCCCAUUGAAGAAGGAAUCCUUUCGAUGAUCAACCAAGAAGAAUUUAGAAACUUUUCUUAUACAGAUCCAGAAUUACAGCCAUAACUAUGUCUGGGAGAUCAGUACCUAUUGGCCUCUUCAUGUGAGGGGAAGAACUGCAGUUUAGAAUUGCCUGGAAAUCUGUUGGGCUAGACCAUCUGGCAGAUGUUUUGCAUCAAGAACAGAGAAGCACAAUUAAAUAAAUGUGGAUACAGAGGGCAUGGAGGACCUCUUGGAAUUUUUUGAAGGCUGGAGAACAAAUGUUUGUAGCAGAGCAAUGAAUCUCCUUCUGUGAAUGUGGAAAGAGGAAUCCAUUGGAGCUUGUUGGUUCAGGACAGUUGGAUUUUGCAACAUCUGGGGAACUGCUGGAAGAACGAAACCACACUGAACGCUGAUCUUUCUAGAGAGCCGGUCCCCUUCACGCCGUCUCUCAGCUGCACCUUUCCAAAACAGCGUAGCGAAAGAAGCAGCAUCCACAGAACUAUAUCAGGGUUCAGCUAGAUCAGGGAAACAUUACACAUGGCCUCUACCUUGCUUAGAAAACGUAGCUUCCCUUUCCAUAAGGCCACAUGGGACUCUUGGAGCAUUUAGGACUUCUGUAAUUCAUUAUACAAAAAAUACAGAAGUGCAAAAAAAAAAAAAGGCAAAAAAAAUCGAACUCUUCCACUCCAGUGCCCCAAUCCAGACCAGUUGCAUGCCGCUACUGGCCCCAGAUGGGGUGGCACCAUCCUUUUUAACACGGGAUGUGUCCAACAAGUGAAAGGGGGACCAAACGGGCCUUGCGCUGCACAUCUUUUCCAGGGCGUGCACAUCGAUCUCAGGCGGAUGGAUUGGGGUGAAAGUCUUUAGGGACCCAGUCAAGCCCCCUUCUACCUCUCUGUGUUAGUAUUUGUGAGACAAAGGGAAGUCUCUUUCCUGUGAAAUGCCAGGAUACUGUCAGGCUUGUUUUAGCAUGUCUUCUGCAUCCUUGGUGCUCCUUUCUUUGUAUUCCCGUUUCUAACAGAAAGCGUACAAAACCGCCUCUGCCUUUUACCUCGAUCGGAUUUGACUUUGGUUCGCUUUUCCAAAACUGGUGUUUUAGUGUGAACGUUGACAGCUUGUUUAAAAUAAAGAA